AUGGCUCAGAUUGCUAAUCUUAUUCUCAAUUUUUUGGUUCUUCAGAACGAUAUUGAUUUGCUGAAUCCCCCAGCGGAGUUGGAGAAGAGAAAGCACAAGCUCAAGCGUCUUGUUCAGUCCCCAAAUUCCUUCUUCAUGGAUGUUAAGUGCCAGGGCUGUUUCAAUAUAACCACUGUGUUUAGCCACUCUCAGACAGUUGUGGUAUGCGGUAAUUGCCAGACUGUGUUGUGCCAACCGACUGGUGGACGGGCAAGGUUAACUGAAGGAUGCUCGUUUAGGAAGAAGGGAGACUGAAUGUUGCUGUUACUUCUCUUUAUCCAUGAAUGGAGAGUUUUGGUUAUUAGGCUUUUAAGAUGGAAGCAAUUUU